AGUCCCCCGAGGUCGGCUGCUGCGCAUGCGCACAUAAUGUCACAAGAUGGCGGAGAGUACGGAACUAAAGCAAAUGGUAAUGAGCCUUCGAGUUUCAGAGCUGCAAGUUUUGUUGGGCUUCGCCGGGCGGAAUAAGCAUGGGCGCAAACACGAACUAUUGACCAAAGCGCUUCACCUAGUAAAGGCUGGUUGCAGCCCUGCCAUGCAGAUGAAGAUUAAAGAGCUCUACAGACGGAGAUUUCCAACCAAAAUGGUUUCACCGGUGGACCUGGCACUGCCUGGCGUCCAUUCUGCCUCCAGCCUUCCCGCGGGCCUCUUCGACAGCCAUGGUUCCCCCUCGCCGCUGUUGCCUGUUUCACUGCUCGGGCCCAAGCAUGAGCUCGGUCUGCCUCACCUGCCCUCUACCUUGCACCCUGUUCACCCCGACGUCAAACUGCAGAGAUUGCCCUUCUACGACGUGCUCGAUGAGCUCAUUAAGCCCACCAGUCUGACCUCCGACAACAGUCAGCGGUUCCAGGAAGCUUGUUAUGCCUUUGCUUUAACGCCGCUACAAGUUCAACAGAUCAGCAGUUCAAUGGACAUAUCGGGGACCAAAUGUGACUUUGCUGUUCAAGUCCAAUUAAGGUUUUGCCUAUCAGAGACAAGCUGUCCCCAGGAAGAUCAUUUCCCACCAAAUCUCUGUGUGAAGGUGAAUGGAAAGCCCUGCAAUCUCCCUGGAUAUCUUCCUCCAACCAAAAAUGGAGUUGAACCAAAAAGACCCAGUCGCCCUAUAAACAUAACUUCCCUCGUGCGACUGUCCACUACAGUCCCCAACACAAUUGUUGUAUCAUGGACCUCAGAAAUUGGGAGGAGUUUUUCCAUGGCUGUUUAUUUGGUAAUGCAGCAGUCGUCCGCGGUGUUAUUGCAAAGACUACGAGCCAGAGGAAUUAGGAACCCGGACCACUCCAGAGCUUUGAUCAAAGAAAAACUGACAGCUGAUCCCGAAAGUGAGAUUGCCACCACCAGUCUUCGAGUGUCUCUUCUGUGUCCUCUUGGAAAGAUGAGGCUGACAAUUGCGUGCCGAGCGUUGACAUGCUCCCACCUCCAGUGCUUUGAUGCAACACUUUAUAUCCAAAUGAAUGAGAAGAAGCCCACAUGGGUUUGUCCGGUGUGUGACAAGAAGGCACCGUAUGAGCACCUCAUUAUUGAUGGGUUGUUUAUGGAAAUCCUGAACAGCUGUUCUGACUGCGAUGAAAUCCAGUUCAAAGAGGAUGGCAGUUGGGCGCCAAUGAAGUCAAAAAAAGAAGUACAGGAGGUUUCUGCCCCCUACUACGGAGUAGACAGCAAUGUGCCUAAAAUAGAAAGCCAAGAACAGAAACAUGGGUCAUCCAAUGAGAACGCUAAAAAAGUGGAUGUGAUUGACCUGACACUGGACAGCUCAUCAGAAGAGGAGCAAGAAGACGAGUCGCCUCCUAAAAGACCCUGUCCGUCUCUCUCGCCUAUCUCUCCACCUCCAACAAAAGGAGUAUUGAACCUUCACAACCAGACGUCACCUGUGACGAGAGCUCCCAGUAUGCCCCCUCUAGAGACCAGCUACAUUCCUCCCCCGCCACCACUUAUUCAGGACUACCGCCACUUUUAUCACUCUGCUAGUGAACUGCCAGAUUUAAAUUUCUUCUCCUUCCUCCAAGGUGACAAUCAGCAUUAUAACAUGGUGAUGGCCGCCGCAGCGGCCGCGUCAGCUUCAGAGGACCCGGACCUGCUUCUCAACCGCUACCUGCCCUACGGCUCAUCCCCCAUGUUGCGGGAGCCGCCGGGCACGCCAGGCAGCAGCACGCUGGUAGCCACCAACGGAGGCAGCAACAGCGGCAGCACCAGCAGUUUGGUCUCUUCCAGCAGUCUGCGGGACAAAGACCGAGAGCGUGAUAGAGACAGCCACACCAUCUCGGGACUGUCGAGGUCUUCAGUAGAGGCGGCAGCAGCAGCGGCGGCAAUUUAUGGCUCCAUAUCUGACGUCAUCUCUCUGGAUUAGAUUUUCACAAAACUGAUGCACAAGGCAGACUUGGAGACGAGGAGAUCUUUGUAAAUACGGAAGAGAGAUGAAAGAAUACAGUACUAUGUACAGAGAGGAAAAUCUAUUUUCAAUUUACUUAUCAAGUGUAUAUAAACUUAGGACACUUCCUGUCCGGUGAGUUGCUUCAGUUCAAUAUUUUCUGUGAAUACUGAAGACUUUUUCACACCUCUUCAUGUGGUCCUUUGAUUAUAUUGUACCUUUUGUACUUGGUUUUUACAGUUUUGUUUUCAAUAUUCCAUGUUGAUGGCAUUAGUUUAUUAUGUGCACAGAACUCUCAUGAGGUGAGACCUUACGGAACAUAAUAUUCAUCAUAAAAAAUGGGCAUUGUCACAGAUGUUCACAAAGCAAGUCACAGCAAAGGAGGAAAAAGAGUCACUUUUUCCUAAAGUGCAGUUUCUGUAAAAAAAAAAGUGUGGACAGUAGAAAGUGUUUUGCCAUCACUGUAGACAUCCAUACUGUGGUCGCAUUAUUUUAAGGACUUAUUUAUAAUAUAAAUUAUGUUGGAUGUAUGCUGUUGUUUUUAAAAGCAUUCCCUUUGCCUCGAAUUGUUGCCACUAGAAAUGCAAAGACAGUCCUGUUAUCUCGCGCCUCACGCUGUUUGUUUUAAAUCUGAUCGAACAGAUUAUUUUCCAGCAUAAAUUGAAGAUAAGUACAUAUAAUCAGUAUUGUAGGAAAAUUAUUCCGUAUCGUGUAAAUGAAUGGGUUCGAUACAGUAAGUGUGAGCAUGGUAAUCCGAUAGGAAACAAAUUUAAAGCUUCCUCCUCACCGGUUUCCGCCUUCAAUUUGCAUUAGAAUCAUGCUGACUUUCAACUUCCCUUUCAGGUUGGGUUCAACAAAACGGAUGUGACACUUGCUCUUCUUUUUCGCACUUGCUCUCGCCGUUCAAACUCCACACAGAAGUGAAGCAUCUAACAGUAGCAACCACUUUGAGAGCAUUUACUACUCUGAAAAUGAAAAUUUUCUCAAAGCUCACCGGUUUUAUGGAUUGUGCCUCAGCUUUGCGAGGUCUUUUGAGCUUGUAGUCUAUAAGCUAUUUAGUGUGAUCUUUUGUCAAUUGACAAUAUAUUAGGGACAACUUUACAACCCCUUAAGCCGAACGAAGUCAACAUGGUGGACACCCAUUUUUUUGUUUUAUGCUUAACAUUACUAUUAUUUAUUAUCAUGUAUUUUCAGCAAUUGUUUGAUUUGUGGCUAUGCAUUGCAGUCAUUGUAUGUGAUAUUUCUUUUAUAAUGAUAUAAUUAAUGCUAUUUAAAAGAAAAUGUCAUUGUUGCUUGACAUGCAUUGUAACAUCUUCUGUUUUCUUGUCCGUUUUACCUAUCAGAUGAUGUCAAUAACUCAAUAGAGGCUUUGAGCAUUUUGAACCGCUAAGAGGUCUACUGUGCUGUUUGAUAUUU